AUGCCUGGCCGAAAUUCCAAAAGCCGCGAUGUCAUUUGGGUUAGGGGAAUGAGGCUUGGGGGAGGUGGGAGACAUGAUCCCGAAGUUCAGGGCCGGAUUAAAAGGUCGAAGAGAACCCGCGGUUCCGGGACUGUGAAAGACCCAAAGGUAAUAUGGCUCUAUUUUAAUCGCGAGAGGAGCGAGGCAUAUUUUCGAGCUGUUGAGGCCCUGGUUAAGAAACUAACAACGGAAUGCGGCCUCUCGCACGCAUGGAUCAUGUCCAGAGUACAUUCUUUCAGCACGAUUGGGCGAACCAACGACGCCAGAAUCAUGUGCCACGAUGACUUUCACAUCACCAUACGGAUGGGGUCAUCCCAGGAUAUCUGUAACCUGCAAGGCCAUCUGUACCUCAUCUGCGAGGACAACGACGUAGAUGGCAAGCCGGUUAGGCUGAUGAAUGACGAUGAACGGGGUAUCAUCGGCGGUAAAAACCCCCACCUGUGGAUCUGGGGCCAGUAUCCUGCCGAAUCUCGAGACUGGCCGCGUGCUGGCGUGAGAUAUCCCAAGGCGCCAUACGAGAUCAUCGGCGGGUCCAUCCUAGAUGCGCACUCAGACUUCAUGCCGAGCGGGAUCUCCCAUCCAGUCCAAAUCAUCAAGUUUUGA